UCGUCUUCUAAUUAUUUAUCUAUCUAGAAUUUUUUUCUUCCCUUCUUGUUACCUCUCGCGUCCCGUCUCGUCUCGUCUCGCCGCCGGGGGCCUCGCGCUCGCGCCCCCCUGCUGUUCAUCUCAAACUCGCUCUCCGGGCGGCUGCGAUCCACGAUCGGGCGGCUCCGGCGAUACCGAGGUUGAAUCUGUAUCGUUACAGAGGCACUGUUUCUUACUCUGAUAUUUUCUUAGAGCUAAACAGUUGUAUUUGCUCUGUGCUUAGCAACAAUGCCAUCUCUUCAGUUAUUGCAAUUAACAGAGCAUGGGCGGAGCCUUUUGUCUUCGAAAAGGAGAACUCUUGCCAUUGUAUCUGGUGCAUUACUUGCUGGUGGAACUUUAGCAUAUGCUCAGUCAAGUCGACGGCAAAAACGUCAGGAAGAAAAUUCUCAUAGUGAUGCAAACGCACAAACCAAGAGUAAUCAUAGCAUUUGUCAAAAUGGUGUUGAUGGUAAAUUGGUAAAAACAAGGAAAAAGAAAAAUGGGUUGAAAUCCUUACAUUUUCUUGCUGCUAUUUUGCUUAAAAAGAUUGGCCCAAACGGAACAAAUUAUCUUCUCGGCUUGAUGAUAACAGCUGUGUUACGAACUGCUGUUGGCCACAGAUUAGCGAAAGUUCAGGGAUAUCUAUUCAGAGCUGCAUUUCUUCGGCGUGUCCCAACCUUUACACACCUUAUUAUCGAGAAUCUUCUUUUAUGCUUCCUCCAGUCCACAAUAUAUCAGACCUCCAAGUACUUGAAAGGGUCCUUAGGUUUGCACUUCAGGAAGAUUUUGACAGAUCUUAUCCAUGCUGAUUACUUUGAGAACAUGGUUUACUACAAAAUCUCACAUGUAGAUCACCGGAUCUCAAAUCCAGAACAAAGGAUUGCUAGUGAUAUUCCUAAGUUCUGCUCGGAACUAAGUGGACUUGUACAGGAUGAUCUGACUGCAGUUGCAGAUGGGUUAAUAUACAUCUGGCGCCUAUGCUCUUAUGCAAGUCCAAAAUAUGUUCUCUGGAUUCUGGCAUAUGUACUUGGUGCUGGUGGUGCGGUUAGAAAAUUUUCUCCUGCUUUUGGAAAAUUAAAAUCCUUGGAGCAACAGCUAGAAGGGGAAUAUCGACAAGUCCAUUCACGUUUGAGAACCCAUGCUGAGAGUGUAGCAUUUUAUGGUGGUGAAAACAGAGAAGCAUCACACAUUAUGCAGCGGUUUAAGGCUCUUGUGAGGCACUUGAAUGUUGUUCUUCAUGAAAACUGGUGGUUUGGCAUGAUUCAAGAUUUUCUUCUGAAGUAUCUUGGUGCCACCGUAGGAGUUAUCUUGAUUGUUGAACCUUUCUUUGCUGGAAACCUUAAACCUGAAUCAUCCACUUUAGGACGGGCAGAGAUGUUGAGCAAUCUUCGGUACCAUACUAGCGUCAUAAUAUCUUUAUUUCAAUCUCUUGGAACCCUUUCUAUCAGUUCAAGACGCUUGAACCUUCUCAGCGGUUAUGCAGACCGUAUUCGUGAGUUACUGGAUGUUUCACGUGAGCUAUCUGGGGUUUGCGCUCGAUCUGCAGACCAAAACUCUUCUGUAGAAAAUUGUAUCAGCGAGGCAAAUUAUAUAGAAUUUUCAGGUGUUAAGGUGGUGACACCCUCAGGAAACGUCUUGGUUGAUGAUUUAACUCUUCGGGUAGAGUCGGGUUCUAAUCUUUUGAUCACUGGUCCUAAUGGUAGUGGAAAAAGCUCCCUUUUCCGGGUUCUUGGGGGUCUAUGGCCACUUGUAUCUGGCCACAUUGUGAAACCUGGUGUUGGAUCUAACCUUAACAAAGAAAUUUUUUAUGUCCCCCAGCGACCAUAUACAGCCGUUGGAACGCUUCGCGACCAGCUAAUCUACCCACUUACAGCAGACCAGGAAACUGAUCCACUUAGCUAUGGUGGUAUGGUGGAUCUUCUAAAGAAUGUGGAUCUGGAAUAUUUGCUGGAACGGUACCCUCUUGAUAGGGAAGUUAACUGGGGCGAUGAGUUGUCUCUUGGAGAGCAACAAAGACUGGGAAUGGCCCGGUUGUUCUAUCAUCGGCCAAAGUUUGCCAUCCUGGAUGAGUGCACUAGUGCUGUGACAACUGAUAUGGAAGAACGCUUCUGUAAAAGGGUUCGAGCAAUGGGCACAUCAUGCAUAACAAUCUCUCACCGUCCAGCAUUAGUUGCAUUUCAUGACGUUGUUUUGUCUUUGAAUGGAGAAGGAGGGUGGACAGUUCAGGAUAACAGAAAUGGCUCCUUUCUUUCUACUGAACAAGAGUUUGAUGUAUUGAACUCAUCAGAAACUGAUCGUAAAUCUGACGCGCUUGCUGUUCAAAGGGCUUUUAGCACCAACAGAAAGGGUAAUGCCUUACUGGGACCCAAGGAUCAUUCUUAUUCAACACAGCUCAUAGCCACUUCCCCUAGUGUGGAAAUAGAACACACAGAACAGUCAAAUCUAGUCCCACAAUUACAGUGCUCGCCAAGACCAUUGCCUCUCCGAGCUGCUGCAAUGUCAAAAAUACUGGUCCCUAAAUUAUUUGACAAGCAAGGGGGGCAGUUACUUGCAGUAGCAUUGCUUGUAUUCUCUCGGACUUGGAUUUCAGAUCGUAUAGCUUCACUGAAUGGGACAAGUGUUAAGUAUGUCCUGGAGCAGGACAAAGCUGCCUUCCUUCGGUUGAUUGGGAUUAGUGUACUGCAAAGUGCUGCAAAUUCAAUUGUGUCACCAUCACUAAGAAACCUUACUUCAAAGAUUGCCCUUGGCUGGCGAAUUCGUAUGACCAACCAUCUACUUCAAUAUUAUUUGAAACGAAAUGCUUUUUACAAGGUAUUUAACAUGUCAGGCAUCGAUAUUGAUGCAGACCAAAGAAUCACACAUGAUGUGGAGAAGUUGACCAAUGAUCUUGCUGGCCUAGUUACCGGAAUGGUGAAACCACUGGUUGACAUUCUUUGGUUUACAUGGAGAAUGAAGAUUUUGUCAGGGCGAAGAGGAGUUGCUAUUUUGUAUGCAUACAUGUUGCUAGGUCUUGGUUUUUUAAGGGCUGUUUCCCCUGACUUUGGUGAUCUUGCGAAUCAAGAACAAGAAUUUGAAGGAACAUUCCGGUUCAUGCACUCAAGAUUGCGUGCACAUGCUGAGUCAAUAGCUUUCUUUGGUGGUGGAUCAAGGGAAAAAGCUAUGGUUGAAGCUAAAUUCACAACGAUGCUUAACCACUCGAGGACUCUUCUGAGAAAAAGAUGGCUAUAUGGUAUUUUCGAUGAUUUCGUGACGAAGCAGCUACCUCAUAAUGUGACAUGGGGGCUUAGUAUGUUAUAUGCUUUGGAACACAAGGGGGACCAAGCUUUGACUUCAACUCAAGGAGAAUUGGCACAUGCACUUCGGUUCUUGGCAUCUGUGGUGUCACAAAGCUUUAUAGCUUUUGGAGAUAUUCUCGAGUUGCACAAAAAAUUCCUUGAACUUUCUGGUGGUAUUAAUAGGGUGUUUGAACUCGAAGAGCUUCUACAGACAUCUCAAAGCAAUGCUGCCUUGUCUUCCAAUCAUAUUACUGUGGCAUCCGAUGAAACUAUUUCCUUCCAUCAUGUGGAUAUCGUAACACCAUCUCAAAAGCUAUUGGCUACCCAAUUGUCUUGUGAGGUGUCUCAAGGAAAAAGCCUUCUUGUGACUGGUCCAAAUGGCAGUGGCAAGAGUUCUAUUUUUAGGGUGCUCCGAGGUUUAUGGCCCAUUGCUUCAGGGAGACUUACCAUGCCAUCUGAUGGGAUCUUUCAUGUUUCUCAACGUCCAUAUACUUGUCUAGGAACCUUGAGGGAUCAGAUCAUAUAUCCUCUCUCACAUGAGGAGGCAGAGUUGAAGAUACUUUCAUCAUACAAAUCAGGGGACAAGGCUAUUGCUUCUGGGUCAUUGGAUGAUCACCUGAAGACAAUUCUAGAGAAUGUUCGGUUGGUUUAUCUUCUAGAAAGAGAAGGUUGGGAUGCCACUCCUAACUGGGAAGAUAUCCUCUCCUUGGGAGAACAGCAGAGACUUGGCAUGGCCCGUUUGUUCUUUCACUGUCCAAAGUUUGGUAUUCUCGACGAGUGCACCAAUGCCACAAGUGUCGACGUUGAGGAGCAUUUGUACAGGAUAGCAACUAGUAUGGGCAUAACUGUCAUCACCUCCUCGCAAAGGCCUGCUCUCAUACCCUUCCAUUCGUUGGAGCUGAAACUCAUCGACGGUGAAGGAAAGUGGGAGCUGUGUACAAUCAACCAAUGCUCGCCGAAAAGGUGGCUUACCUUGGCGGCGCUGGCGACGAUGCACCUCCUGGUGGAUGUGGAGAAGAGCAAGGACGCUGUCCUGGACAUGGAAGGUUUGGGCGUAACGAGCAAGGAGGCUUCCAUAGCCAGGAGCGAGGAAGACGAAGCAGCCAAGUUUCACGCCCUCACCUCACCUCACCUCGCCCUCGUUGCUUUGGAUAAGCGAAGCGAGAAAAAAAAAAUCCAAAAACCCUACGGCCUAACACAAACUACCCACCACCACCGCGGGCGGCGGCUUCCUCCUCCCCGCCGGCUCGCGCUCGCGGCGACCGCGACUCCUCCCAACCUCGCCGUCGCCAUGUUUCGCCUGCGGUCCUCCGCUCGCCUGGUCAGAGAGCUACGAGAGGCGUCGCGGUCGUACGGACGCCGCGAAUGGUUCUCCGGCGGCGCCCUGGCCGCCGCCGCGCGAACCACCUCGCUCCUGCGCCCUCUCCCCGGGCUCGACGUCCCGCAGUGCCUCCCGGACCAGCUCGUCGGCCAGCCCACCCGAGUCACCACGCUACCCAACGGCGUCCGCGUCGCCUCCGAGGACCUCCCGGGCCCGUCGGGGUGCAUAGGGGUGUUCGUCGAGUCCGGCUCGGUGUAUGAGACUGCGGAGACGGCCGGCAUGUCGCACCUGCUCGAGAAGCUGGCCUUCAAGGGCACCGCGCACCGCAGCCACCUGCAGAUUGUGCAGGACGUCGAGGCUACUGGAGGAAACGUUGGGGCGUCUGCAUCCAGGGAGCUGAUGGUGUACACCUACGAGACUCUCAAGGCCUACUUGCCGCAGGCCAUUGAGGUGCUCAUCGACUGUGUCCGUAAUCCGUUGUUCCUCCAGGACGAGGUCGAGCGGCAGGUGGCCCUUGCCAGAGAAGAGAUUCAGGAGCUACAGAGGAAUCCUGAUAGGUUUCUUCAGGAAUCACUUAAUCAAGUUGGGUACAGUGGCGCUCUUGCCAAUCCACUAGUAGCCCCUGAGGAGAAUCUCAUGCGAAUCAGCGGCAAUAUUAUUCAAAAGUUCUAUCAUGAGAACUACACUGCUGAUCGCUUGGUUGUAGCAGCAUCAGGUGUUGAUCAUCAACAGCUUUUAGAUGUUGCAGAACCUUUAUUGUCUGAUUGGCACAAGGGAUCCUCUGUGGAAAGGCCAGAGUCUAAAUAUGUUGGUGGUGAUUUUAGAUACAGAGCAGACUCAGAGAUGACACAUGUUGCUUUGGCUUUUGAAGUACCAGGGGGCUGGCUUCAAGAGAGAGAUGCCACAAUUAUGACCGUUGUACAGACUUUAAUGGGCGGUGGUGGUUCAUUCUCUUCUGGCGGUCCUGGAAAAGGGAUGCAUUCACGGCUUUAUCUGCGUGUUUUAACUAAAUACCACACAGUCGAAUCAUUUUCAGCAUUUAGCAAUGUCUUUGAUAGAAGUGGCCUCUUUGGUAUCUACUUGACCACGCCUCCAGAAUUUGUUGCAAAGGCUGUUGAUAUUGCAACAAAAGAAUUGAUUGCCCUUGCAACACCUGGACAAGUGACAGACAUUGAAUUGAAACGUGCAAAAAACUCAACAAUUUCAGCUGUGUUGUUGAAUCUUGAGUCCAGGGUAAUUGUUGCAGAAGAUAUAGGGAGGCAGUUAUUGACUUACGGGUGCAGGAAGCCUGUUGAUCAUUUUCUUCAAUGUAUGGACGAAAUAACUCUAGAUGAUAUAACAGAUUUUGCCCAGAAGAUGUUAUCUUCACAACCCACAGUGGCUAGCUGGGGAGAUGUUGAUAAAGUUCCUCCAUAUGAAUUUAUCCGCAAGCGGUUUUGAAGUGCCCCAACAAUGAUCCGUGGUGGACGAAGAAUCUCUCGUGGAAAUUUUGUUAUGAUGUAUAAUUCAGUUUUUGCUGUAUUCAGGCUCUUAUCUCAGAAACUGGUCCCAUUUAUAUCCAUCACUUGAUGAGAUUAGGACCCUUAACUUUUCUCUUUUGCUUAUAAGCCAAAAUUUGAAUUUUUAACAUUAAAUUUAGAGUUGAUUUUAGGGGGUUUUUU